AUGACACCAAAUGCACUAACAUGUAUCCGUGGAAUCAGAAAUAUUAUUGAGAAAAUGUUGGAGAUAUUAUCGGACUACAGUUUGAAUAACAGUGGAAUAUUUAACUCUCCUAAUCGUCCGAAAGGUCACAAAGAUUCUGACAAGGACCCUACAGAGCACUGUGAAGAAGGUAUGUUUAUAUCUUAAGUGAGAAUCUUUCAGAAUUAAUUAAUAUGAUAACAUUAAAGUACCACAGAAUAUAAAUAAAGUAUAACAACAUAUUUUACCAACCUAGCCUGAGAAUUCGUAUUAUUUCAGUUGUGGAUCCACAGAUGAGAAUCCUGGUCCUUCUCUCCAUCAUCAGAACUGGAGUUCUCCUCUGCUGCCUGACCAUCUUAAUCAUCGUCUACCUCACCAGGAAAUAG